AUGUGUGCCGCUGUUCUUGGUCAGCAUACUCCUUCCACUGUCAAAAUUAACGGCAACACCGUUAAUUUUGGAUCCCACGCCCCGAAUGGCCUCUUCUCAGCUGCCGGUCCUACGCUCGAUUCGGACUACAUUCUCCUUCAGACCAAGACGGACCUGUCCAAAGCCGAACUCAGAGAACUCAAUGAGCUAGGCGCAGACUUGCAAGAGUACUACGGUCAAGAGAUUUACCUCUUCCAUUACACGCCUACCAGUCUCAAGCCUCUCCUUGAGAAGGGCUUUGUUCUCAACGCCGUUCCAUACCAGAAAGGGCUCAAGAUCAAUUACCAUCUCAAACAGACCAAAGUAGCAAAUCCGCAAUCAACCGAGACAAUCCAUGUUGUCCUGCAUGAACGCAAAAGCGAGGAAGUUAACAAAAUCAUCACUGAUCUCGCAUCGCGGGCAGGACUCGACAAGAGCGAUGUUACGGUGGACGGAAACAAAAUUGAAAUGACCGUCUCGACUUCGAAGCUCGAUGCUCUGGCCGACAUGGACAGUGUUCGAACCAUUGAGCAGGUUCCUGAAAAGGUCAUUUUCAAUAAUGUGGCUCGGGACAUCAUGAGCGCCAAUGUCAUUCUGAACGACACUUCCUAUACCGGAAAAGGCCAAACCGUAGCCGUUGCGGAUACUGGGCUUGAUACGGGAAAUAUCGAUACCAUCCACCCCGCAUUCAAGGGGAGAGUCAAGGACCUUAUCCCCCUCGGAUGGUCUGGCCAUAGCGAAGACAAAAUUGGGCACGGAACGCAUGUCUGUGGCUCUGUUCUGGGCGGCCAGGUCACUGGUCACGACAAGACUCUCCAAGGAGUAGCCCCAGGAGCUACCUUAGUCAUGCAAUCGUUGUCGAAUGAGAAAGGUGGCCUAUUUCCUCGACAAAGACUCCCCCUUACCGACCUUUUCACUAGCCCCUACAAAAAGCAUCAAGCUUACAUUCACAGCAACUCAUGGGGAGCAACGUGGACUGGAAAUCAACUCCCAUACAAUGAUGAAUCAAGAGAGAUCGAUACAUGUGUUUGGGAAAAUCCCGACUUGCUCAUCUGUUUCGCAGCGGGAAACGAUGGGGGAAUUCUGAAUGGUCCAACGAUUGGGUCCCAAGCUGCCGCCAAAAAUUGUCUCACAAUCGGGGCCACUGAAUCCACCCGCCCGAGCAUCGGUGGAGUAUUCAACCCGCAAAAACAGAGCCACAACGAUCCGACUGAGAUCUCAUUUUACAGCAGCCGUGGGCCAACCGUUGAGGGGCGUUUUAAGCCAGAUGUUGUCGCACCAGGUACGGCAAUUUUGUCAACCAGAUCGAGUCUGAUGAAUCCGAAGGCCCUUGACGCGUAUGGGCCAUCGCCAGACCCGCUUUACCAGUUUUCCUCUGGCACCAGCAUGGCAACACCACUCGUUUCCGGCUGCGCAGCAGUUCUACGUGAGGUUUUGGUCAAAAACGGCAUCGAAAAGCCCAGCGCAGCAUUGCUCAAGGCCCUUCUUAUCAACGGCGCUUUUACUUUGCACCACGCACACUCUGCGAAAGAGGGCUUUGGGCGCGUCAAUUUGAAUAACGCUAUUAUCCUCCCGAACCAAACCGAACACGCUGGGUUCGUCGAAGGACAGCCAUUGAAGGAUCGCGGCGAGAGCAGGACAAUCGCCCUGACUAUUCCGCCCGCUAGCGCUCUGGAAGCCAAGCAGGCAUCGGCCAGCGACAAUGUUGUCACUUUGAAAGUCACACUAGUCUAUACGGAUCGGCCUGGUGAGGGUCUACAGAACGACUUGAACCUCAUUGUGAAGACGCCAGAUGGAAUUGAGCGCCACGGAAAUAUGGGGACUGCUGAGGAAUUUGACAGGUACAACAACGUCGAACAGAUUGUUUGGAGGGACAUUCCGCAGGGGAAAGUCGAGGUCACAGUCAAAGCAGCCCGAGUCCUUACUAAUCAACAGGACUAUGCUCUGGUGUGGAGGGUUAUAAGGGGGGAGGAAUAG